ACCUUGGCAGAUUCCAACAAAGGGAUUUAUAUUUCCAAAUAUUCUGAUUGCCUGCAGCCCAGACCUUGGCACCACGGAAAAUCAGGAUACGUUGUCAUCUGUAAACUGAUCAAGGGCAAGGUGAGAGCCAUGGCUGAGAGCUCCUCGGGCAGCUCCGCGUGUCCCUUCCCGGGCCACGAGUGCCACCCGUGCCCCCGGCCCGCCCGUGACAGCAGCCAGUACUACGUGUACGAGGUGAGCGGGGGCAGCGCGGCGCAGCGGCUCCGGCAGGUCUGCCCCUACAUCUUCCUGCACAGGGAGCACAAGGACACCCCCCUGCUGCAGCCCCUGCACGAGCUAGUGGAGAGAAACUACCAAGUGCCGUACUGCCCGUGGCGGGGCCAGCUGUCCAUCCAGGGCCGUCUGCUGUGCAGCAUCGCCCUGAGGAGCCCCUACAGCUGCACCGUGCCAGCCCAGCUGUGA